GGAGGGUAGGCAGGAUCCAGACAUCCAGCAGGAGAUGGGGGCUAAGAAGCCGCAGCUGCAGCUGCAGCCGGCGCCGGAGAAGCCAAAGCAGGACCCGCAGGUGCUAGUGCCGCCCGUCUUCGACUUCCCUCCCUUGGCCGCCCGCACCAGGAUGUUGGUCCCGGCAUAUGAGCUCAUGUUCGGGAAGCUCGCGCGACGCAGCCUCUUUGAUGACUAUUUCCAUUCUGGGGGUGUGGACGCGCAUAUUGUGUUGAAGCAGUUGGGAGAUUCUCAUGCUGAUCUGAAUGCAAAGAUGUCGACAAAUGGGGGGGAAGCUCACUUUCGAUGGCAGAGGGAUUUGAACGACCCCCAUACAUUUGUGGACUUACUUGUGUCAACUUUGAAACCCACAAUGCGGCUGUCUUCAAGCGUUUACUAUCCGAAGUAUGGUAUUGGCGCGUUUGGGACGUUCCCUUUGAAUAUGGCAAACAGAGCAUGCUCAGAAGAUUAUGGUGUCAUGGGUUUAAGAUAUGGUUCAGAGAAUCUAUCAAUUGGGGCCUCCUUCGUCCCAUUUCCUUCGCCUGGUGAGGUACCCUACGGUGCAUGGUUGGCUGGGAGAAAAGGGAAUUUAAGUGCAGGCGUACAAUACAAACCGCUAGGUGGAAGCAAGCAUCAUGUGCCUUUUAUAGACUUGAAGAACUGGAAUUGUGCAAUCGGUUAUGGUGUGGGCUCAACUAGCCCACUCAGCCCUUCAUUUACUUUUGCACUAGAGCUCGUUAGAAGUUCACGGCUGGUUGCAUCAUUCUAUCAACACCAUAUUUCUGGAAAGGAUCUAAAGUAUUGGGGUGAACAUGAUAUUUUUGGAACUUUAAACUACAUUGAUCUUGGACUUGAGCUAGCCACAAGGGUGGAUAAAGACAAACCAACAGACGAUGUUGGCAAUUCCUCAUUUCAGGUAGCUGCAAGUUGGCAACUUAAUACUGAUUUACUUGUAAAGGGGAAGUUAGGCCCCUCCAAGUCUUCUGCAGCAUUGGCAUAUAAGUUUCCACCCUUCUUUACAUGUAGUGUCACAGUUGAAAAUGAUCAUUUGAAAGGUACGAGAUCGUAUGGAUUGGGAAUUGGUGUUGAGGAUUUCAAAGAGCCCAGUUUGCAAUGCCAAACACUUGAUCAAGAUUGUAAGGUGUUGAAACAACAUGAGAUGGGCGCUGAUGGAAAGGAGCGCGUCCUUGAGUUUGACUUUGUUCCGGGCAACUAUGACAAUUUACCCAGGGAGUUGAGGCCUAUCGACAAAGCGAAAGAAACGCAUCUCGCCGAGAGCUCCGAACCGCCUGGAACCCUAGCCGCCGCCGUCUUGCUCGUCGCGAUCCCCCUGGUUGGUGGAAGUAUGGCUAUGGCCCUGCGCAUCAUGGCCGCGAACCUGAAGCAGAGGAUCCCCGCCGCCGUCCAGCGGGGUUUCUCCUCUUCUCGUGCUCCGGCACGGGUUGAUCCUGACCUCGACCCCCUCGUCGCAGAGUUUCGCCGGUCACUGCAGAAGAUUAUAGAGAAGCACAAGAAGAGGCGCAGGGACGAGGCCUUGGCCUGUGCUGCUGGCUUCAGUCUUGGAGCACUCACCUUUUUGUUUGGGUGUGAUUGUGUGAACCUUCGUGAUUAUGAGGGAUCAAUAUGUAUUUUGCUGUUUGCUGUCCGGGCUGAGAUCGCUUCCCUCCUAGGAGAUGUCCGUCAUUGCAAAUCCACUGAAAUACUGAAUCGAGAGGUCUGGCGAACUGUUAGUGUUGUCCUUCAAAAUCCAAGGAACCACAAGGUCUUCCCAUCUUCUCGUCCGCAUUGCGCUACACCAGUCGUGGGUGGACAGGGGCGGAUGCUCUGGCUCUGCAUCGUCCCCCGUUGCCGGGCGACCAACGCCGACGCAGUGGGGACGACGAGCUAUAACCGCACGGACGACCGCAAUGGCAAGGGACCGGCGCAGAAGUGGUGA